AUGGCGAAACAUACUGGUGAAAAAAACUACAUAUGUAAGGUAUGUGAUAAGCAAUUCGGACAAGCAUGCCAUCUGGAAUGCCAUAUGAGGAUACAUACCGGUGAGAAAAACUAUGUAUGUAAGGUAUGCAACAAAACAUUCAAUCAGCAUUCAAAUAUGAAGACACACGAACUGACACAUAAAAACGUACGACCAUUCAACUGUAAACAGUGUGGUAAGAAUUUCACUCGGAAUGGUAAUUUGAAAAAACACGUGAAUAUACACAAAAGUUCGAGCGAAAGGCUGUAUUCUGCAUCGGACGAUCAGAAUCGAAACAAAUCGACGCACGAGGCAUUACGACCAUUCAAAUGUGAAAAGUGCGAUAAUGCAUUUAAAAAGCGUUACCAUCUGAAACAUCAUAUGAAUAUGCAUGAAGACAGAAAGGCAUUGAAAUGCAACGAAUGCGAUAAAGUAUUCAGAUACUCUUCAAACCUGCAACGACACAAAUUGACGCACGGAAACUAG